UAUUUUUCGAUAGAAGCCAGACAGGCACGGUGACCAUAGGGCCCCAUCCACCGCCCACACGCGCGGUGUCGUAUUAUCAUACCAUCAAUCAAUUAAUCCAGAGAAACACCCAGAACCGAACCACUCUCUCCCUCCCUGUAAUCAAUUUCUUCCUUUGACCUAACCCUUCUCCAACCCCUAAAUCCCCUCCCAUCCCAUCCCCGCUCAUCUUCUUCCCCUCUCCUAAUACUGCAACCACAAAUCCCCCCCAACCUUAGCGCAGGAACAUAGGAGGAGAACCAAAUAGGAGCUUGUUUGAUUCAUCUGCAACGAACAACACGAAGACGAACAGUAUGUACGACAAGCUGCUCCCCCUUCCCUUCUUUCCCAGCCUGUAAAAAGGCAAAAAGGCAAGCCAGCCAGACAGCCCGCCGUUUUCCUUUUCCUCUCCACUCUAAAAUCACUUCCUUUAUUUCCUUACGGCGUCUUUAAACCUCAAAGCCUAGAAAAAAAAAAGAAAUCGACUGAUCGAUCCAUAGCUUCGAAUAAUGGAUCCGGUCACCGCUUCCCCUCACGGCCACCACCUCCCUCCACCCUUCCACCACCGCGACUUCUCCCUCCCCUUUCACCAGCAACUGAUCCACCACGCAGCCGCGCCACACCUGAACACACAUCAACCCAAAUCGGAAGACCCGUUUUGCACAACUCCCACCUUGAUCAACAAACCCAACAACGACGAACAAUCCAACCCCGACACAAAUACUACGGACAGCGAACUAACCCGCCGCCCCCGCGGCCGCCCAACCGGCUCUAAAAAUAAGCCGAAGCCAAUAAUCAUCACCCAAGAUAGCCCCAACGCUCUUCGCUCCCACGUGAUGGAAAUCUCCGCCGGCUGCGAUGUUGCCGAAAGCCUUUCUACUUUUGCCGCCCGCCGCCAGCGCGGCGUCUGCAUCCUCAGUGCUUGCGGAGCGGUGAUCAACGUUACCUUACGCCAGCCCGGUUCAUCAGCCUCCGUGGUUACUCUCCAAGGCCGGUUUGAGAUACUAUCCCUCUCGGGAUCCUUUCUCCCUGCGCCGGCCCCGCCGGAAGCUUCGGGACUAGCCGCGUACCUCUCCGGGGGACAGGGGCAGGUGGUCGGAGGGAGUGUGGUUGGUGCGUUGAUUGCGUCGGGGCCUGUGGUUGUGAUGGCGGCUUCGUUUGGGAACGCGGCGUACGAAAGGCUGCCGCUUGAGGAAGAGGAAGGGGGGGUCGGGUCGCCUGGGGUGGCGGAACAGAUGCUGGAAACUAGUGGAGUUCCGGCGCAGCUUUUUCAUGCGAUGCAGCCGAAUCUUCUGAAUAACGUGCAGGUGUCGAGCGAGGCGUACGGGUGGGCAAACGGCGGGCGGACUCCGUUUUAAUUUGCUUUCUAUUUCUUUCUUUGUUUUUUU